AGAACAUUCAGCCGUAGAGCAACACUGGCUAAUUUAUUGUAAACCAUUGGAUGUGUUUUUGUUUAUUAUGCAUUAUGCAUAUGUUGCACACUGAAAUUAUCAAUUAAAUGUUUGUGUGUUGCGCCCAGCAUGUAAGAAAUUCUAAUGAGCACUAAUAAUAAAGCAGAGGGGUGUGCUCGCAGCGCACUCCUUUUCCUGCUGUGCCCCCUUGUCGCCAUAUUCUUCUCGCUGCCGACGCAGCCUCUUCUGGCUCAGGCACAGGCCCAAGCCCAGGCCACAAUGUGUCACAAGAAAUGCAGUUGCAAGAACACUUCGGAAAAUAUUCACACCCUGCGCGUGCGAUGCGAUGAUCAACAAAUUGUGAAUUGGAGAGAUCUCGAUUUUGGCGAGGACGUGCACAACAUAGUCAGCAUCAAUGGCAGCAAUAACUUGAUUUUUCACAUCACUGAAGACGACUUUAGGAACUUUACGGAGCUUAGGCGCUUGGACCUGUCUUCGAACCUCCUAACCGAACUGGAUAAGGAAACCUUUGGCGACAGCCUGGCGUUAGUGGAAAGGCUCAAGUUGGCCAAUAAUUCGAUCAGUCAUAUUUACGAGGGAGCCUUCGAGCAGAUGCCCAAGCUGAAGCAGUUGGAUCUGUCCAGCAAUCCGUUGGCCUGCGACUGCAGUUUGAUCUGGCUGAUUGCUUGGUCAAAUUCCCGGGACGUUCGUCUCCAGCCCGCCCCCAAGUGCGACUCCCCCAUCAACUUCCGCGGUAUGCCGCUGAAGAAACUGAAGGUGGGCAUCGACUUCCACUGCGAAACGUUGCUGCAGCCGCUGCUGGAACUUGUCCCAAGCCAGAACCAGGUAGCCUUUGAGGGCGACGAGCUGCAGCUGAAGUGCUUCGCGCCCCGGGUGGCCAUCGGAGCGCCGCGCGAGUCGGAGGUUCUGCCCACGCGAGCGUAUGUCUUCUGGGGUUGGUCGGACAGAAUUCGCGUGCACAACUCCACCGAAGACAUUGUCUAUCGUGACCCAACCAAGGUUUUCCAAAAUGUUAACCUGGAGACACACGAGUCCACCGACUCGGGAAUCCUCAAGUCCAUUCUGCGCAUAGCCAGCCUCACCCAGAACCACACGGGGAUGUGGGACUGCACAUUGCGCUCCCAGCAGGCGAAUCUCUCUCAGUCCAUCGUCCUCCAUGUGGUGGCCAAGGGCACGCUCUAUUGUGAGGCCAAGGUGGUGCACACCAACAAAGGCACCUACCACUGGCCGCGCACCAUGCGCGGCGAGACUGUCCUGCAGGAGUGCGUCGAGGAGCCCACCGAUGUGUCGCAGCACAGACGCGCAUCCUACGAGUGCAGCCCCGAGGGUGAGUGGCUCCACCUGAACACGGACAGUUGUGUCUACGUGAGCGAGACCACGCGCAUCCUGGAGCAGUUCGCCAAGGUAAACCUGACGCUAACCAAAGGACAGAACGCAGUGGAAAUCGCCCGCCGGCUGCACAACUUCACGCAGAUGCAAACGCAGCUGAACAAGAUCCGAGACCCCAUGGACCUGGAGUACAUAGCUCGAACGUUAGUCAAGUACCUGGAUCAGGGGGAGGUGCCCCAACAGCAGGAGAUUAGCCAUCUGCUCAUGGACAUUGUCUCGCAGCUGCUCAAUAUUCCCUUUCGCCUGUUCCGUGAGGCACAGGCGGAGCAGGGCACGGGCUUGCGACUGCUGUACGUUGUGGAGUCCUCGGCCAUGCGCUUGGCCCUGGCUCAGGCCCAGACCCACACCCACGCCCAGACCCAGACACAGACACAGGGAAGUACGCAUUCCAGAGACCUGCUGCCGCCUGUUGACUUGCUGCCCUCAUGGAGGGGCGGGGGCGUGCAGCAGCGCAACAUUUUCGUUGAGAUCUUCAACAUAAGCCUCGAUUCGUUCUUCAGCCUCUCCUGCGUGUGGCUGGAGAAGAGUCCGCGUGGCUUCCAGUGCAACAGCUCCAACGACACAAUACCCAUGUACGAGCACGGCGACAUCGACGCCGCCAUCCAGCUGCCCUACAACGUAAUCAGCAAUAGCUCCAUCUCCAAGAGCGGCAGCUCCACUGUCAGCUCCAGUUCCAAGAACCUAAGGAUCAUGAUCUCGCUACACAGGAACGCCAAGCUGCUGCCCAAUCUGAGGGGUGCUUUCAACGAGACCCUCUCCUCGGCUGUCAUCGGAGCCCUGGCCUACAACAGCGAGGGACAGUCGCUUGAGUAUGAAACGGCCACGUCCGGGUCCGGGUCCGGGUCCGGGUCCACGCCCGAGCUCGGUCUCGAUCUCGACCUCGAUCUGAAUGAUAACGGGAGGGAAGAUGUGUACCAGCAGAGGAUCACGGUCAUGCUGCGGGCCCAUCCGUACCACCACCAGCUUAGCGCUCCCCAGCCGGCGUGGUGGGAUGCCGUCGAGCAAAAGUGGAAUCCGCAGGUGUGCCAGCAGCACUAUCAGCACCUCACUCUGGUCAUGUUCAGCUGCAGCCGCAUAGGGUACUUCGGGCUGCUGCAGCGCAGCGCGUACCUCAAUGACUACCGCAGUGAAGAGGCGGGUGCCCGCUUCCACCACCCGCCGGUGGCCAUAUAUGCGGGAUGCGCUCUGCUGUUCGCCUGCUGUGCCGUAAACAUCGUCACGUUCGUCGUGUUCGGGUUUUCCAUACGCAUGAACCGGGUGCAGAGGCACGCCCUGGUCAAUACUUGGCUGGCAGUGGCCGUGCUCGCCCUCACCUUCGUUCUUGGCAUCUUCCAGACGGCCAGCCAGACGCAGUGCCGCCUCUUCGGCUUGCUGAUGCACUACCUCAGCCUCUGCGUGCUGCUGUGGGUGUGCGUGAGCCUCAGCAGCAUGUACAAGCGUCUGACCAAGUCCAGCUCCACCACUCAAGGCCGGAUGAGCCAGGAGACGGAGCUGCAGCGCGACCGCGACCGUGACCGCGACCGUGACAGAGAGCAACAAAGGAAGCCCAUUUUGGGCAUCUACCUCGUGGGCUGGGGAAUCGCCCUGCUCAUAUGCGGCAUUAGCAGUGCCGUAAAUCUAGCCGAAUACGCCGCGUACAACUUCUGCUUCCUACACAGCCCCACCACCCUAAACGCAGUGCUCGUGCCGGCCGGAAUACUAGUGAUCUUCAGCGCCAUCAUGUCCCUGUGCAUCUACUACCAGCUGAACCAGCAGGAAGUAAAAGUGCUCCAGCACCAGCACCAGCGCCAGUACUCGGACAACAACACUCAGGCCACUGAACACAUCGAUCUGGACUGGCUGGAUGCCAAUGGUAGUGCCACCGGUGCUGCCGCUGCCGCUGCCGCCGCCACGGUUGCUGCAGCCGCCCGGAAGGAGGCCAGCAGUCUCCAGCUGCAGGAUCACCUGCAAGAGCAGUACAGCACGCUCAGCAACCCUUUGAGCAGCAUCGUCGACGACUUUGAGUGUUCAAAUAUGUCGCAUCUUCGGGGACACUUCAUGUUUCUGCUACUCUUCGCCGGCGUCUGGCUAUCGGCCGCCUUCUACGUGAACAGCGGCAAACAGAUGUUUGUGCUCAGCUUCGCCGGGUGCUCCGCCUGCCUGGGUCUCUUUCUGCUGCUCUUCUACAACCUCAGCCGGAACGAUGCGCGGCGUGCGUGGUCGCAGCACCGCGCCCGUCGAACCAAGCCCAACAAGCUGGUUACCUACAAUAACGGCAGCCAGGCUCGAUCCGCGCAUCUUGGCAAUGGCCAAGGCCCUGCCAUUGGCCUCGGGGCCGGCACAGCCUCGAUUGUGGCGUACAAGGCCAACCCGGGAGGGGGCAGCCUGUAUGACGCAAACAACUCGACCGGAUCCCGCUCCAACAGCCAGUGCUCUCGCAGCAUGCACAGCCAGACACGGAGCCAGACGCGCAGUCAGCAGGAGCAGCUGCUGGGCGUCUCUGGAGUGCCCAUCAUGAACAACACGAACAGCCAGCAGGGAGUCGGCGGGGCAGGAGCAGGAGCAGGAUCAGUGGGCGGCAAUGGAGUGGGAGUGGGAGUGGGACUGGUGGGCGCAAGUGGAGCUGCCCCGCACAGCCUGAGCGCGCUGCUCCAUGGCUCCAGUCACGAUCUCAUCCCCUCGGCAGAGAUCUUCUACAAUCCCAACCAGAUCAACGUGGCCCGCAAAUUCUUCAAGAAGCAGAAGCGACUGGCGAAGCGCAACAACUUUGAGCUGCAGCGCCAGACCAUGCCCCAGAUGCAGCUCCAGAGCCAUCACAGCCUGAGCUCGGAGCAGCUCUAUAGUCGCCACCACAAUGCCAUGACCUUGCUGGCCGGGGGAACGAAGGUGAACAACAAAAACCUGCACUACAAGUCGCCGGCGCCGGGCCCCAGCGCCUCAGCAGCCGGGAUGCAGCUGAUCCGGGGGAAAGAGAUCGCAUCGGUACAGGUGCAGGCACAGGAGGGGCUGCAGUUCAAGCGCUUCAUCCCCACCUGCGCCUCCUCCGCCAAGAUGCAGAUUACGCAGGCCAACAUCUACACCAACAUCCCGGAGACGCUGACGCCCCAGCACGAGGUGAUCAAGCUGAGAGCAAAUGGGCGCAACACAUGCACUCGAACGCCUUCACUGCUUGACGAAACGUUGCACGAACAGGACGACGACGACCGUGAGGAGGACGAGCAUGAGGUCGACGUGGAGGAGGGAGAAUGCGAAGGAGACGAUGGCAGCUCCUUGGAUGAGCAUGCACCGCUCUAUGCCAACACAGUGCAGGCCCCUAGCACGAUGAACAGCCUGUUCCGGCCACGCAGCCACAUACAGGGACAGCCGCAGUCACAGUCCCAGUCACAGUCACCGUCACAGUUACAGUCUCAGUGUAUUCGCUCGGCUCCGAUGAAACAGCCGAGCCUGGAGGCAAUGAACAGCCUGGGCUUGCCGGACAGCGGUCAGGAAGAGCCGCUCCUGCAGAAGUACGAGAUUUACGUGUCCAACUCGCUGCAAGUAACCACGAGCAACAGCAUCCAGCUGGAUGACGACUUCCCCAGUGUCCUCAUUCGCUUCAGCCAGCAGCAGCAGUCCAAGUCGCUUAACAACAUCAGCGAGAUGCUUAGAGCAGGUGGAGGCGGGAGCGGUGGCGGAGGAUCCACAGGAGAUGCCGGUGGGGCGGGAACUGGCUCAUCCUGUGCUUUGCCCGAUGUUCCCAGUCAGAUUCCCAUAGAGAACGGCUCCGGCUCACUGCAGGAGCAGCAUCGACAGGUCUACUCCUGCUCCAGCAGCAACCUCAGCCAGCUGAAGGCGGCCGCGGAAGCUGCCGGCCAUCAGGGGGCAGAGGACGACAGGCGCUUGCUUUCGGCAAGCCCCACCAACGAGAGCGACCUGAACUACCAGAACUCGGAGAUAAGCAUCCGCAGCCACGGCCUGUACGCCCCCCAGGCGGACAACGACCUCAACCUCACCCUGACGGACGACUUCCGCUGCUACCAGUCCUCCAAUGCCAGCGACGCCGAUGUCGAUGUGCUCAAUGAAUUCGAUGAUGAGUUUGUGACGGCCACUGGAGAUCGGCCGGGAAGCGCAGAUCAGGAGCUUCACCACCACAACCACAACCACCUCGACCUCGACCACGACCAAGACACAUCCAUCGAUGAGCUGUACGAGGCCAUUAAGUGUCGAAGUCCCCUGCGCAACAGGCAGGAAAUAGACGCGAGCGAGAGAUUCGAGCGGGACAGAGAGAGGGCCAACGAGAGAAGGGGUCAGAGUCAGAAAAAGAGAGAGGUGCAAAUGGAGCUGGAGUCGGUGGUUGUGGAUGAGGAUGCGGAUGCGGAUGAGGAUGCGGAUGCAAAGAGGAACAGCGAGAUAAUAGUGAGCAGCAGUAGCAAAUCGCACGAAAAUCUCAAUGAAACAAUCGAAGAUGACAGUAGCCAGAGUAGCGUGAUAUCGUACAUCGAUCCGAGGGCCAGCAACGAGCCCCGAGGCUAUCCUAGUUAGCUCGUAAGUGGACCACGCACCGUAGCCUCAGUUCCAUACUCCUUUUAACCUCCAAUUCCUAUGACCUGUUCCAUCUCCCGCCGUGCUUGGCCGAAAGCCUCCAAGUGCCAAUGCCAAAGUAUUAUUUUCAUCAUUAUAGCCUAAGUUUGACACAACUUUCACCUCACCAGCAGGCACAAACUGAUACUACAGGGUAUACAUAUGUACAUAUGGGCACGGUGUGCAUUGUCGUCAUCAAUCCCAACCCAUCUGCAUUUGUGAGGCGCCUCCCUGUUGUGAAGCCCAGCCACAUGAACUUGUAAUUAUAGGAAAAGACACACCCAACCCAAACACUAUUUAUUAUAACUACACUAACUACUUUUGAUCAGCCACAUCCUUUCGUUCGCGUUUUUAUUCAUUUUAUUCAAAUAGAAUACUUGUAUUUCCAUUUCCUUCCCUUCCCAUCCCAUCCCUUCCCUUUCUCAUCCGAUAUGCUUAAGGUUAAGCUUUGGGUAAACCCAAAUGCAUUUAAAUCUACAUGCAUACUUUAAGUUCACACCUACACAUUAAUAAAUGAAAUGUUCACAGUCGAAUUCCAUGCGUCUCUGGUUUGUGCA